UCUGGCGCACCAGAACUACAGAGCAAAGCAAGUGCUCAACUUGCUCUGUAGCCAAUAGCUUUUGGUUACGCUUUACGAAUUCUUCUCUCUCUCUCUCUCUCUGCUUCGUUACUACUAAACUUAACUACUACUUUACUUUUUUGUCUUAAACUGCUCACUUGAGAUAACCCAGCAACCAACAUGUUUGUCACUCCUUUCCCUUUUUUCACCAGUUUGCUCUUCAUUCUCCUUAUCCUACGCACCUCACACUCCACCACCACCAAUGCUGCCGCUGGCCCGCCCCGCCAACUCUCCGUGGACUACUAUGCCAAGUCCUGCCCGGACCUCGACCAACUCGUCGCCUCCGUCACCGCCCAGCAGUUCAAGGAAUCACCCGUCGCCGGUCCCGCCACCAUUCGCCUCUUCUUCCAUGACUGUUUCGUUCAAGGUUGUGAUGGGUCGAUAUUGAUAUCGACAAGUCCGGGAAGCAAAGAGUUGGCGGAGAGGGAUGCGCAGGAUAACAAGGACCUAGCGAAGGAGGCGUAUGAUAGCAUAGAAAAGGCCAAGGCAGUGGUGGAGAGCAAGUGUCCUGGUGUUGUAUCUUGUGCAGACAUUCUUGCAAUUGCAGCUAGAGAUUUUGUUCGUUUGGCAGGGGGACCAUACUAUCAAGUGAAGAAAGGUAGGUGGGACGGAAAAAUAUCAAUGGCAUCCAUGGUGCACGCCAACCUUCCCCACGCAAAUUCCACCAUUGACGAACUUCUCAAGCUCUUCACAUCCAAAGGCCUAGCUCUCCAUGACCUAGUUGUCCUCUCAGGCGCGCACACAAUCGGAUUUGCCCAUUGCGAACAUUUUGUGACCCGACUAUAUGACUACCGGGGCUCCAAGCAACCUGACCCUUCCGUUGAUCCAAGGCUCCUCAAAGCCCUUAAAAUGUCAUGCCCACAUUUUGGUGGCAAUGUAGACAUUGUUGCACCAUUUGAUGUUACCACACCUUUCUCAUUUGACAAUGCCUAUUAUGGAAAUUUAGAGGCUAAAUUGGGCUUGCUAGAAACAGACCAAGCUUUGUUUUUGGACCCAAGGACUCGGCCUUUGGUUCAAGAACUAGCUAAGGACAAGCAAAAGUUUUUUCAAGAAUUUGUAGUGGUCAUGGAGAAAAUGGGUUCAAUUGGUGUGAAAAGUGGAAGAACACGUGGGGAGAAAAGAAAAGAUUGUAGCAUGCAUAUGCUAUGAUAUUCGCUGUUUGGGCACAUAAUCAUUUGUUUUUAUCUGUCUCGAGAUUCUUACAUAAUUCGAUUGAUUGUUUGCUAUU